AUGAAAUUCAGAAUGGUAUUGUUGUUACUAAUGACCAUAAACUCCCUCUCAUCGGCCCAUUUUUAUCCCAAUUUCACAUCCGUCCCAGCGUCCCUCCUCCCCAAUGCCUCCGCCUGGUACGCCUUCAAGAAACUCGCCGGCUGCCACAACGGCGCCAAAUCCGUCGACGGCCUCAACAACCUCAAGAAAUACUUCCGCUACUUCGGCUAUCUCAACUCCUCUUACAACGACUCCUCAAACGACUUCGACGCCACUCUCGAGGCCGCCGUCAAAACCUACCAGCUCAACUUCAACCUCAACGCCACCGGCGAGCUCGACGCGCCGACGCUCGCCCAGAUCGUCCGGCCCAGGUGCGGAAAUCCCGACGCCGUCGACGGAGCCUCCACCACGCGCCGCCGUGCCUCCUCCGCCGGAAACGUCCACGCGGUGGCCCACUACUCGUUCUUCCCCGGCCGGCCGCGGUGGCCGGCCGGAAGGACGCGGCUGACCUACGCCUUCCUGCCGGAGAACGGGGUCCCCGACGGCGUCCGGGCGGCGUUCCGGCGGGCGUUCGGGCGGUGGGCGGAGGUGACGCCGCUGACGUUUGCGGAGGCGGAUUCGUAUUACGGGGCGGAUAUCCGGGUCGGGUUCUACAUCGGUGACCAUGGGGACGGUGAGCCGUUUGAUGGGGUGCUGGGGACGUUGGCCCACGCGUUCUCGCCGCCGGCGGGGAGGCUGCACCUGGACGGGGAUGAGGCGUGGGUGGUCGACGGCGGGUAUCUUGAGCCGGAAUCGGCGGCGGCGGCUGCGGCGGUGGAUCUCGAGUCGGUGGCCGUGCACGAGAUCGGGCACCUGCUUGGGCUGGGGCACAGUUCGGUGGAGGAGGCAAUUAUGUACCCGACCAUCUCGACGGGCGCCCGGAGAGUGGAGCUCGCAGGGGAUGAUAUCGAAGGGAUUCAGGAGCUUUACGGGUCGAAUCCGAAUUAUAACGGGUCAACGGGUCAGACGCCGAGGGAGGAGAGGGAUAUGAGUGGUGGUGGUGGAGCCCCACGUCCGUGGAGGUGUCGGGGCAUCUUGUUACUUGAAUUGUUUUUAUUUUCAUUAUUAUUACUAUUUGUUUAA